AUGCAGCUUACGCCACGCCGUCAUGAACUCCUCUCUGUCUAUAUGUUAGGCGCUGGAACAUUAUUCCUUUACCUGGGUUACAUCAUACAAGGUUUCGUAACUGAAGCUGUUAUCAACACGAUCAGCGAACGGUAUCCAGGAUCGAUUUCAAGACUCGCAGGAUAUUAUGGACAGGCAAUCCAUUACACGGCAUUUGCUACUUCAUCACUUAUUACUCCAGCUAUACAGAGCUAUGUCAGCUCGAAGUGGAUUCUUACCCUAGCCAGUGUGCUGUUUGGCAUCUAUUAUUUGGGAUUUAUACGCGUCAACUACGCCUAUUUCUACAUUUCACAAGCUCUUAUGGGAAUCGGUUACUCAUGUGAGUGA